GCAGCUAGGCUAUUUAUUUUGUAAAUAAAAACUCACUCAGCAGUAAUUUGGUAUUUUAAAACUUUGAUAUGUUGAAGAUAAAUGACAGUAACCCGAGCGGAAGUUUGACUUUUCUUGGCAGGAAAUUGUCAGCAGUGUUUUUGUUGCUAGUGGGGACUGUUGUGUUGUGAAAAUGGCGACGCCUCGUCGCUCUUCUCAGCAGCAGCCAAACUCCCUUUUGGUCUCCCCGCCCCGCGGCUCUCCUUUCCCUGUCACUCCGCCUGGCUCACCGCCGGCACCCACUGACGAUGCUGCCCCGCUUUCCCCGCUAGAGAGCACGGCUGACGGUGAGGUAACCCCUGCCUCUCCCACCAGCACCUCCCCAGCUCUGGCCCUUACAGCCAGCAGCAGCAGCAGCACUAGCAGCAGCGCUAGCUCCCCGACCACCACCGAGAGUAGCGGGACAAGCCCUGGCUCCACGCCCGACUCUGGUAGUGGUAACCCCGGUAGCAGUAGCAGCAGCAGUGGCGGCAGCGGAGGUGGUGGUGGUGGUGCUCCCGGGGCUUUCAGGGAGCUCUUCGAAGCCUGUCGAAAUGGAGAUGUUUCGAGGGUCAAGAAACUAGUGGAUGCGGUGAAUGUGAAUGCUAAAGAUAUGGCAGGACGCAAAUCGACUCCCCUGCACUUCGCUGCAGGUUUUGGCCGUAAAGAUGUUGUGGACCACCUUCUUCAGACGGGGGCCAAUGUGCAUGCGAGAGACGAUGGAGGUCUGAUCCCACUUCACAAUGCCUGCUCAUUUGGUCACUCUGAGGUGGUGUCUUUGUUGCUGUGUCAGGGAGCGGACCCCAACGCACGGGACAACUGGAACUACACGCCCCUCCAUGAAGCCGCCAUCAAGGGCAAGAUAGACGUCUGUAUUGUGCUGCUGCAGCAUGGAGCCGACCCCAACAUCCGCAACACCGACGGCAAGUCUGCCCUGGACCUCGCUGAACCCUCUGCCAAGGCCGUACUCACAGGUGAAUACAAGAAGGAUGAGCUGCUGGAGGCUGCGAGGAGUGGAAACGAGGAGAAGCUAAUGGCCCUGCUUACUCCGCUCAACGUCAACUGCCAUGCAAGCGAUGGCCGCAAGUCCACUCCACUCCACCUGGCAGCGGGAUACAACAGGGUGAGGAUAGUUCAGCUGUUACUACAGCAUGGAGCAGAUGUUCACGCCAAGGACAAGGGUGGUCUGGUGCCUCUACAUAAUGCCUGCUCCUAUGGCCACUAUGAAGUUACUGAACUGCUGCUAAAGCAUGGCGCGUGCGUAAACGCCAUGGAUCUGUGGCAGUUCACCCCGCUCCAUGAAGCGGCUUCCAAAAACCGAGUGGAGGUCUGCUCUCUGCUGCUGAGUCACGGGGCCGACCCCACCCUAUUAAACUGCCACAGCAAGAGCUCUGUGGACAUGGCGCCCACUCCGGAGCUGAAGGAGAGACUCACAUAUGAGUUUAAGGGCCACUCGCUGCUUCAAGCUGCUCGGGAGGCUGACAUGGCCAAGGCUAAGAAGACCCUCGCACUGGAGAUCAUUAACUUCAAACACCCUCAUACACACGAGACUGCACUGCAUUGUGCAGUUGCAUCGCCACACCCUAAGAGGAAACAGGUGACGGAGCUGCUGUUGAGAAAAGGAGCCAAUGUGAAUGAAAAGAAUAAAGAUUUUAUGACCCCGCUCCAUGUGGCAGCAGAACGUGCUCAUAAUGACAUCAUGGAGGUGUUACAGAAACAUGGUGCAAAGGUGAACGCCCUCGACACGCUGGGUCAGACGGCGUUGCACCGAGCAGCCCUGGCAGGCCACCUUCAGACCUGCAGACUGUUGCUUGGAUACGGGGCUGACGCCUCGCUGGUGUCGCUGCAGGGCUUCACUGCUGCUCAGAUGGGAAACGAAGCUGUGCAGCAAAUACUCAAUGAGAACGUCCCAGUGAGAAACUCAGACGUGGACUACAGACUUUUGGAAGCUGCGAAAGCCGGAGACCUGGACACUGUCAAGUCGCUGUGUACGGCUCAGAAUGUGAACUGCAGAGACCUAGAGGGUCGACACUCCACUCCCCUUCACUUCGCUGCCGGCUACAACCGGGUGUCAGUGGUGGAGUACCUGCUGCACCACGGGGCAGACGUGCACGCCAAGGACAAAGGUGGUCUGGUUCCCCUUCAUAACGCCUGUUCGUACGGUCACUACGAGGUGGCAGAGCUGCUGGUCAGACACGGAGCCUCGGUCAACGUAGCCGACCUGUGGAAGUUCACACCGCUCCAUGAAGCUGCUGCUAAGGGCAAAUACGAGAUCUGCAAACUGCUGCUCAAGCAUGGAGCAGACCCAACCAAGAAGAACCGGGAUGGGAACACACCUCUAGACCUUGUGAAGGACGGGGACACUGAUAUUCAGGACCUGCUGAGAGGAGAUGCCGCACUGCUGGAUGCUGCAAAGAAAGGCUGCCUGGCCCGUGUGCAAAAGUUAUGUAGCCCCGACAACAUCAACUGUCGGGAUACGCAGGGACGCAACUCAACACCCCUGCACCUUGCAGCUGGCUAUAACAACCUGGAGGUAGCAGAGUAUCUGUUGGAACAUGGAGCUGAUGUAAACGCGCAGGACAAAGGCGGGCUGAUACCUUUGCAUAAUGCUGCUUCAUAUGGGCACGUGGACAUAGCCGCCCUCUUGAUCAAGUACAACACGUGUGUCAACGCCACAGACAAGUGGGCGUUUACGCCCCUGCACGAAGCGGCCCAGAAGGGGCGGACGCAGCUCUGUGCUCUGCUGCUGGCCCAUGGAGCCGAUCCCACAAUGAAAAACCAGGAGGGACAGACGCCGUUGGACUUGGCAACGGCUGAUGACAUCAGAGCAUUACUGAUUGACGCUAUGCCGCCAGACGCCCUGCCCAGCUGUUUAAAACCUCAGGCCACUGUGGUGAGCGCCAGUGUGGUGAGCACAGGUGCAACAGGGGGCGUGGUCAUUUCUCCCUCUCCAUCCCCGUCCUGCCUUUCUGCAGCCAGCAGUAUAGACAACCUGACCACAUCCAUCGGUGACAUCACUGUGGGCGGGGCCACCGGAACAGCAGACGGAGCAUCGGGCUCGGACAGAAAAGAGGGAGAGGCUCUGCUCGACAUGACCAUCAACCAAUUCUUGAAGAGUCUGGGGCUGGAACACCUAAGAGACAUCUUUCAGCGGGAGCAGUGGCAACAUUCAAAUAUUAACGUGCUAACAGGACAGUCAUCAGAGGAAACAUCACACCAGAUUUCCCUGGAUGUGCUGGCAGACAUGGGACACGAAGAGCUCAAAGAGAUUGGCAUCAACGCUUACGGUCACAGACACAAACUCAUCAAGGGCAUCGAAAGGCUGCUGGGAGGCCAACAAGGUGCAAACCCCUACCUGACGUUCCACUGCUCCAGCCAGGGCACUGUGCUGAUAGACCUGGCACCUGACGACAAGGAGUUCCAGUCUGUGGAGGAGGAACUGCAGAGCACUAUCAGAGAGCACCGUGACGGAGGCAACGCAGGGGGAGUCUUCAGCCGCUACAAUAUCAUUAAGAUUCAGAAAGUGGUGAAUAAGAAGCUGAGAGAGAGAUACGCACACAGACAAAAGGAGAUUGCAGAUGAGAAUCACAAUCAUCACAACGAGCGGAUGCUAUUUCAUGGUUCCCCCUUUAUCAAUGCCAUCAUCCACAAGGGCUUUGACGAGCGACAUGCCUACAUUGGCGGCAUGUUUGGUGCUGGGAUCUAUUUCGCUGAGAACUCCUCCAAAAGCAACCAGUAUGUUUAUGGGAUUGGUGGAGGCACAGGAUGUCCCACCCACAAAGACCGCUCCUGCUACGUGUGCCACAGACAAAUGCUGUUCUGCAGAGUGACGCUGGGGAAGUCCUUCCUUCAGUUCAGUGCGAUGAAAAUGGCCCACGCUCCCCCUGGACACCACUCUGUUAUAGGACGACCCAGUGUCAAUGGAUUGGCGUACGCAGAAUACGUCAUCUACAGAGGAGAGCAGGCUUACCCAGAAUACUUAAUCACCUACCAGAUUGUGAAGCCGGAGAGCCUGGCCACACCUGCCGCCACCCCAGAGCAGAAGUCGUAGAAAUCACAGCUGGAUUUAAAAAAAAAGACCAAACUGCAAUGGACUAGAACCAGUCUGAACCCGGAAGGUGUUUCAAACUUCAGACCCAAAAGUCAAGUUUCCAGAACUGAACUAGAAGUGGACCAAGCAGUAGUCGGACGACCCUCGGAAACUAAACGUGGAAUGUGCUGAAACAGAGGAAGCCAAGAGGAAGAGGCAGCAGUAUCUCUUAGUUUCAGUGUGCGACACACGCAGGUUGCAAAGCAGCAAACAGCAAAAAUCUGUCAGACUUGUUAAUUAAUACGAUUCGCAGGAGGAAAUGUUCUGGUCAACAUUUCUGAAGGUGCACUGGUAAGCACUUUAGAGAUGUGCAGGCCUCUAACCUGAUUGUAGAGCAAGCCUUUGGAACGGGAUAUUCCAUAGCAAAACAAACAUCCCUAAUUCUGUACCUUUCCACCGCUCAUGUACUCUGUUCCCAGUUUUUAAUGUGUUGUUUCAGCUAUUGUGUCCCAUUUCAGCUCUGUGCAUCAUCAACCAUAACAAAGGAACAUCCCGAGGCCACUUCCAAAAAACAAUCGUCGUGCUGAGAGAACAGAGAUCCAGGACAUUUUAUGUUGCAGCUUGUUACGUUUUCAGCAGUGAGGCGCAUGUAAACAAAACACAGUUCGCUGUGUUCUCUCACAUCGUCUCUGCUGUAAACAAACAAGAAAUUAUAGAACGAGUGUGAGCAGGAAGAAGAGAAACAGAUUGUAGCGCACAAAUACCCAGAAGUCAAUAAGCAGAAAACAAACAGGAGACCACAAUCCACUGCUGUUGCCACUACAGACUCCUGUCCUUUCACUACAUGUUCAUAACCGGGACCAUCUUCCUCAUCCAACAGUUUGUGUCCACUUAUGACUGAGCCCAGCAGAACUUCAAAUCUCCACUGAAACAAACAUGUACAUCACAGAUUUAUUGAAAAGAAGUUCUAAUAGCAAGCAGCAACAACCUACCAGACUGUGCUUGGAUGAGUCUAACAACCAUCUUUGGAUUAGAUGCUCAUAUGUUGCCUUUUUCUUCUUUUGUUGGUAUGAAAGUGACUGUUACUAAAAAGAUGUAGAGACAAGUGUUGACAGUGCUGUCACUCUCUACAGCUGUGUGUCACUCCUGCAUACUUCCAUCUGGAGCGUUUUUAUGUUUGUAUUUAAUGUCUAUCAGAGGGACCCACAUUUCCCCUUGACUGUUGUUUACAUGCACCUGCUGCCUUCUUCUCCAUUUCCUCUUUAUGUGUUACUGUUGCUGCCACCUAGAGGUGAAAGAGAGAAACUCAGUAUAGAGUUGGAGAGUGUAAUUGUGCUGUUAACCCGGAGGCCGUUUAUACUGGGAUUAGGGCUGUCAUGAUACCAGAAUUUCACCUGACAAUUAUCGUGGUCUUAAAAUUUACAAAAACAACCAGUUUGUUACUUUGUAAACCUUACUUAUCAAAAUUGACCUACAUGGCAUCAUAGCAAUGUGUCUUGACAUAGUAUUUGUUGUGAAUUGGCGCUAUAUACAUAAAGAUUGAUUGAUUAAUCAUACAUUUCUAAUGCUGUUCUGUUUUUUUAAUGAUAUCACCAGCGCCAUGACUGAAACUUCUAGUUAAAGGGAAUCUAAUGUCAUCUUCUGAGUGUGAUUCUGUUACACCAUAGCCUCAAACGCCUCAAAUUAUGCCCCCUAGUCCUAUGACUGAAUCAGUUACGACUGUUAUUGCCUUAUGCUAAUUAGUAUUAUUAACGGUUGUUGUAAUUUCUGGUAUAUUUUGACAGCCCUAAUUGGGAUUCAUUCUGCAAAGUGCUAUGUGUGAGAUAAAGGAUGAACUGCUCAUUGAAAUGACUUGACUGUGAGCAAACCACGUGUUUAGCCCGUAGCUUCCUUAGGUUCACCCAGCAUAAUAAAAUGAGCAUUCAUAGCAGCGGUACACACAGAGUCACAUGACCGGUCAUCACAAUCAUCAUUAUUCAGAAACAUAUUGCAAAAUGUAUAGCAUGUACCAAAACAUAAUGCUCUGAUGAAUGCUGUUUCCACCUUAAAUAUAUGAAUGAUUUUUUUCACCUUUUUAAAUACAAGGCAUGUAGAUUGAAAAUCAGUUGCAGGAAGAAAAACACCUGUACACUAAUAUAAAGCUCAGAGGCUAACAUACUCCCCCUGGUGGCUGACUGUGAAAAAGUCAACUGAGUGAGACAAACAGAAAACUGAUCCAACUGUCACUCUGUCUCUAGAUAAGAAGAGGCAGGUGUUUUCAUGGUCAGCCACUAAGAGCAGGACGUCAGUCUCUGGGGUUAUUGUACAGGUGUAAAUCUGUUUUUUAAUCUACAUGCCUUGUAUUUGAAAACAUGUUUAAAACAAAUAUUUGUAUAUGUGAAAACAACAUUUAUCAUGGCAUGUUGUUUUGACAGAUGCUAUACAUUUUGCUACAUUUCUGAAGUGGUGAUAUUGGGAUGACUGGUCCUGUGACCAUGUGUAUUACUUACAGAUGAUAAUGCCCAUUUAGAUACGCUGGGCAAACCUGAGGUAGCUACAGUGUAAUACACAGUUAGCUUACAAUGAAGUCACAGUUAAAGCUGCUGUUGGUCACAGAGUAAACAUCUGUUCAGAGAGAGGGACUUUGAAUGUCAACACUAUCCCUCCCAACCAGAUUUACUCUUAGCCCUCCAACACCGAUAGGUGUGCGCUAUCAUGAUAGGGCUGGACUCAUAACCAAUCGGAGGAUGUAGUAGGGGCCAACCAGAACGGAGGAUUGGAGAUUAGCUAUGAUUGGUCCGUCAUAACGGGAACAAGGGGAAUAAUAACAUUGUUUGAUACAAAGGCAUUGGAAUACGCAAAGAUUUCACAAUAGUCUCAAAUUACUUCACUUACUGAUGAGUACAGAUGGGCAUUAUGACCUUUUCUCCAAACCCAGCAGAAACAAAGUAACAUUUUUUACACCAUUCCAACCAACAGCAGCUUUAAGGAAGCAUUUCAUUGCACAGGUGUUCAUCCUCUAUCUUCUAUAUGUGAGUUCCUGCAACCGACUGGCACCUGAGAAUGCAUGUUAUCUGUGAAAGGAGAACCCUGCUCAUGGUUUACCAAUGAUGUGUGUUUUAGUGGGGAUUAUUCCAUUUUCAUUUGAUUCCUCCCAUGUCUCUUUUGUUUCUGCAUCAUUGUUAUACUGCUCAACUCUUAACACAACAAGCAAAUGUGAAAAGUGAUCAAAGUCCCUGUAUCUACGUAGACAAUGCAGCAGACUGGUCACAAGCUUCAACAGAUAUUUAUAGAAGCAGAAAUGCGCAGGUUGUACAUAAAGAUAAGCUAACACGUGUGUAUUAACCUCUUUCUGUGACAAACUAACAUGUUAGUCCAACCUCAAAGCAAGAUUAACAAACCCCUCACACUACCUGCUGUACACUUCAACUCUUUGUCUUAUACUGAUCAUGUUUUUAGGUUGAUGUUUUAUUUACAAUGACUGUUUUUGACACUGUACAACACACAGGACCAUAUAUGAGUUUAGUUUGUAUCACCAUCAGAUCAUGUAAAGUCCAUGAAGUUCCUUUAAAGCUAGCAGAAUGAGAAGAAAUGGCCUUAAAUGUUUAAGAGAAUGAGGAGAGUGUUGAAUGUUGUGUUGAAUUAAAAUCAAGUGGCAGCGAAAGGGAAAGAAGUUCAUUCUUUCUAUAGCAUUGUUAAGCUAACCAACAGCUCUGCCUGGCAUUAUCAGCCUAAAACUUAUUACAGGCUAUAUUUUAACUGUUUGUUCCACCUCUGCAUUUUUCCUCUCAGUUUUGCAACACGCACAUUUAACAGUAAUAGUUCCUCCCUGAAGCAAUCAAUGAUAUAACAGUGUUUUUGAAGCAGCACAUUUCAGCCAAAUAUAAAUAAUUGCAGACAAAUAUUAGGGAAAUUGAAUAACUAAGUAGCAAAAGUGAGGGAAAAAAUUAAGCUUGAAAUCAGAUUUGAAUGGGAGAAAAAGGUUCAAAAAUCUGCAUCACUGAGUUGAAAUAUGGCUUCUUGUGUCCAUUUUUCAGGGAAGGAAUUUCAAUUUCUCCUGCCUGGAGGAUGUUUCUCUAUCACAUAAAAUCUACAUAAAAUAAUUGUUCCAAUAAAUCAGUUCAACUCUGACAUUUCACUCAAUGCCCUGAACUCAGCUCACAAAGCUCUCAUUAGAUGUAAACAGGUGACCAAGUGUUUCCUGAAGACCAAUCAGAAUGUUGUGUUUCACUGUCAUUCUAACUCCCUCUGUGUUGCCACCACUCACAGUCAGCUCUGGGGAGGGCAGAGGUUUCAGAUGAGGUGGCAGCAUCACUGUGGGCUCUCUGCAUACCGAGCAGGUGGAGUUUAUGGUGUUGACCUCGUUAAGGUCACAGCACUGUAUGAUUUAAUAGCAGAAAGCUGUGAGACUGUACAUAAACUAACUCCAGAUGGGCCUUUUAACGGCUCUUUUAUGGAUGAUUCUGAGUUUAUUUUUCUUUGCUUUGAAGGACUUUUCAAAGACUUUUUUUAUGUGAUAACUAUCUGAAUUGUGUUGGAGCUGGUCCGUCUCUAUUUAUCUGUGGCAAAAGGCCAGUCAGCCAUCCUGUUGUAUAUAGUUGAAAGAGGUGUGAGUGUGUGUGUGUGUUCAGUCAGUCAGUCAGUCAGUCAGUCAGUCCAUGGCUCACCUUCUGACCUGCCUUCUACAGAAGUCACAAGUUUAAUGAACACAUUUCCUCUCUGUAAUGUUUGACCUCCUGUUGUACAGAUGCUUGUACAGAGCUGCUGAUCAGCUAACAUGUGGAACAAAAACUCAUUCUUGUACAGAAGAAAGUCCUUAAUAAAAGAUCUUAAAGUGUA